AUACGGCUCGAUCUUUAACAGCUUUUCGGUUGUUGUUCAGUUGUUGUUUGGUGUGUGUGUGUAGAUGAGACUCCUUUAUCUUUCUGCACUCACUCAUCGCUUCUAAAACUAUUUUAUCUCUUUAUUUGUAUUAUUUAUUUGGUUAUUUUUUUUUAUUCUUGGCGGUCGAAGGCAGUACAAGAAGUUAAGCAGGGGGAUUGUUAGCCAUUAUUAACGCCGUGUAACGCGUCACACAAUCGUGUUUGGGAAUGAAGGAAAAGAUGGCAGUGUAUCUGUUCUUGUUCCUGCUUCUGUGCGUGGACGUGUGUGUGGUGAAGACGUUUGGGGUGACCCGGCUCUCGCCUCUACUCAUUCCUCAUUCUUUUACCUCUCUCUGGGUCGGAGGACUGCUGAGGUUCACCGUCCUUCUCCUCAUCACCUGUCUCUACCCAUUGAGCCCGGCAUGGAUGAGGAGCGCUAAUGGAGUCCAGACCUUAGCUGUGCACAGUUUGGUCUAUCCGGUGUAUGUCUCACUGCUGUGGGCAUGCGGUUGGUCGACGAUGGAGCUCACCUGGGGCUGGCACACCUGGCAAGCAAUGUUUCAUUGCUAUGCCGUUUCGGCUCUCUCGCUGCUGCUGUGGGAACGCUACGUGCCCUCCGUCCUUACAAAGACGAAGGUAAAACCCAAGGAGAAAGGCCAGGCCUCCCUGCAGAGGCUGCUGGGAUACGUGAAGCCGUACCGGCACCGGUUCACAGCGGUCUUUCUGUUCGUGAUCGCUUCGUCACUCGGUGAGAUGGCUAUUCCGCAUUACACGGGUAAAAUCACUGACUGGAUCAUGAAGGAGGACGAACCGGACGCUUUUGCUAACGCCAUCAAAAUCAUGUCGAUCCUGACCAUCAUGAGCGCCGUGUUUGAGUUUGUGUGCGAUCUCAUCUACAACAUCACCAUGAGCCUCGUACACACCGCCAUCCAGAGUCAGGUGUUCGAGUGUGUGCUGAAACAGGAAAUCGCCUUCUUCGAUAAAGCUUCCUCAGGUGAACUCGUGUCCCGAAUCACCAAAGACACCAACGACAUGAGCGAGUCCCUGAGCGAAGAGCUCAGCCUGCUCAUGUGGUACACCAUGCGUUUAGUCUUCCUCUACGGCUCCAUGCUGCUCCUCUCCGUGCGCCUGUCCAUCUUCACCAUCCUCGGCCUUCCUGUCAUUUUGAUCGUCCCGGAGUUCUCCGGAAAGUUCUACCAGACUCACGCAGUCAAAGUGCAGGAGUCUCUCGCCAAGUCGAACAGCGUUGCCACCGAGACGUUCUCCUCCAUCAAGACGGUGAAAAGCUUCGCCAACGAGGACGGAGAGUCGGAGAGAUACAAGAAGUGCUUGGAGCACACCUACUCGCUCAACAAAGUGGAAGCGGCCGGUUAUGCGGCAUCAACCUGGACCAACAGCAUGUCCAGUCUGGCCUUGAAAGUGAGCAUCCUGUACUAUGGAGGCCAGCUGGUGGCAGGAAAUGAUGUCAGCAGUGGCGACCUGGUGUCUUUCGUGCUGUACGAGCUUCAGUUCAGUCAGGCUGUCGAGGCUCUGAUGUCCUAUUACCCUCGAGUGAAGAAAGCCGUCGGCGCCUCAGAGAAGAUCUUCGAGUACGUGGACCGGAAGCCCGAUGUUCCUCCUGAAGGUUCCUUAGCUCCCAAGACACUCAGGGGUCACGUGCGUUUCGACAACGUCACUUUCGCGUAUCCGACGAGGCCGGCCGAGAACGUUCUGAAAGGCGUUUCUCUGGAGCUGAAGCCGGGAGAGAUCACCGCUCUGGUAGGUCCAGCAGAUGGCGGAAAAAGCACCAUAGUCAGGCUUCUCGAGAGGUUUUACCAGCCUCAGGACGGAGAGAUCUUACUGGACGAGCAGCCGCUGAAGAACUACAAGGAUCAAUAUCUGCACGACAAGAUCAGCGUGGUCGCUCAGGAGCCCGUACUGUUUGGCCGCUCCAUCAGAGAGAACAUCAAAUACGGGACAGCAGACGCCACCGAUGAAGACAUGUACGACGCUGCUAAACUGGCCAACGCUCACCGAUUCAUCACCAGCGACUUUCCAAACGGAUACGACACCGAUGCCGGAGAAAAGGGAGGCAAAGUGUCCGGAGGUCAGAAGCAGAGAAUCGCCAUAGCGAGAGCCCUGAUCCGGAAGCCGCAGAUACUCGUUCUAGAUGAUUCCACGAGUGACCUGGAUGCUGAGAGCGAGCAUGUGGUGCACCAGGCGCUGCUGAAGAACUUGAACGGUCGCUCCGUGCUGCUCAUUACCAACAAGAUGAGCGGCGUGGAGACGGCCAACAACGUGGUGUUCCUGCAGAAGGGAGAGGUGCUGGAGCAGGGCAGCCACGACGAUCUGCAGAAGAAGAACGGCCCGUACGCCGAGUUUGUACGGCUGCAGAACACCGGAUUCCAUCGUAACGCUCAUGAAGACGGCGAAACCUCCGACUCGACAAAGCAAUGAUGUGCAUUUAACACGCUGUAUAAUCCACCUACACCUCAGAAUGCACAAUUCGUUGCAAGCCUGUAGGGAAAGAACUAUAGAAUAAACAUGCCAGUAUUCGCAAGAUGACAUCAGAUUGUUUAUGAAAGGUGUCUACAUACUCUAGCACCUUCAUAACAUCUCAUUAGGGUAUUCGUGACGUUUAGAUCGACAUUUACAAAACAAAUUAGUAUGCACAUGAUUAUGUUAUUAAACCAAAUUCAAAAAAAUCGAUACAUUAUGAAUGUUGAUCUAAACAGUUGUGUAUACCUUGUGAAGUGUUUCUGUGAGCGGUUAUAGAGCGAAUCGCCUUAUAUUGAGGAUUCAUUCGAGUUCCACCGGAAAUUAAACGUUAUAACAGUGUUAGAAACGCCCGUCGCUUUAGAAUAAAGGUAAAGGAGAUGCAGGUAACCACACUGAGCCAAUAGCUUUUUAGGGUUUAUGAACGUGGUGUAAAAAUACAUCAAAUAUAUAAGGAAUAAAAGACUCCGGAGCGUUCUGCUAUAGGGAAAAUAAUCAGCGACAGGGUGGUGGGAUACGACCUGACGCAAAGAAGUUGUAUUUUCCUAUAACAGCACAUCCUGAAGUGUUUUAUUCCUCUCAUACCGCAGCAACGUGCUAACGAUGACGUUGUACAUCGUACUUUUGAUCCGUUUAUAUUUACAUUUAUCAUAGAGGAACGACCACGAAACUUGUUCCGACACUCCUUCCACAAAUGUUAAAUAAAUAAACGGCACCAUAUUAAAAUGUUUUUAAUACGUUUACGUGUCGUUAUGUGUACGUGUUAGAUACAUAACAGCGGGCAGGGCUGUCUUAUCGGACAUGACGGAAUAAAAUGAACGGAGGCUUAGGAUUUAGCUAUCUGGUACGUACAGUAGCUGUUAAGUCUUUCAUAUAUGCGUUGACAGUGUGAAGACAUGGUGACGAAAUGAGCUGGGAAAUUAGGAAAAUGCUUCGUACAACUGAAAUAACACUGUUAUAACACUUAGCGGCGACCACUACUCAAACUUCCACGUAACCGUUAAGUCAUUUAUACAGCGUAAAGGCACAGCGACAUCGGAAACGGAACAAAACCAGCUGGGAAUACCAGCAUUUUCCUUGGAAUGUUAGAAAGACUCAUUUCUUUCUGGUAAUCUUGGGAAUACUGGCAUAAGAUGCUCAUAAACAGGUCAAUCAGUGCAUUAUGAGCAUGUUAUACUUUGCUUAUGAAUCUGUUAUUACGUCUCUUUUCUCCAACAACAAUAUAAAUACUUUGUGCUUCCUUUGGGGGUUUUCUAGUGCAGGGAAAUGACUCAAGUGACUAUUAAAGUUAAUUGUACUUCAGAUAACGUAUAAUUUAUAAUGUACAGAACCCGCUCCUUGUCGUCGUCGUGUCCUGAUAUUUUCUCUCCGUCUGAUUUAACCCCCCCUGUGUUUUUAUGUGUUUGUACUAUGUAAAUGCUAGGAUUUUUUAAAUUAGGUGUAAAUAUCACAACCAUUAAGAAAAUAGUACAAAAAAUCGUUUUUCCUCACGAGUCCAGCACAUAAAUGAAUGAAAAUAAAAAUUAAGCCAGUGAGACUGUAAAAAUGCUCCUUAUUUUGCUUGUAAAUUAUCAACAACAACAACAAAACAAAGUUUCCGCUUACAACUUUUCUUCAUUUUUAAGCCAUUGAAAUAUCACUGUAUGUUUUUUUGUGCUUUGUAGUCUCUAGCAAUUAAAAUAUCACAGAAAAAUAUGAAGACCAAUACUGA